CUAGUGGCAAUAAUUGAUCAAAGUGAUGUCCAUUCAUUUUCACAUAUUCUUCCUUCGUUUUCUUUCUACAUUCUCAAAAAAAAGAUUUUACUAUCUAAUUAUCAAUGGCGGCUUAUGCAGCUCUGGUUUCUGUUAUGCAGACCAUCCAUCAGAUCGAGCACCAUCCUUCCCCUCCGAUUUCUAUGGACAAAAAACAAGUUGAAUCUCUCACUGAAAUUGUUAUGUUUUUGCAGGAAUUUCUUGAAAGUUACAAGUCUCCUUAUGCUGACGGCGAUGAAGCAGAUCCCUUGGAGAUGUGUAUCGCUGAUGCAGCUUAUGCAGCUGAAGAUGCCAUCGAAUUGCGCAUAGUUGAUCAACUUGUUCCUGCUGCCUCAGCAUCAGCUGGUUCAUCAACUUCUGCAGACUUGUAUGAAACUCUGGUGAAGGUGAUAGAGAAUAUGUAUUUGAUCAAGAAAGAAGUGAUGGAGAUCAAAGAUCAGCAGACACAAGUCUCUGCAGCAUCUUCAUCUUCAUCUUCAUCUACCAAGUCAUCUUCUCCCUUUGGGGUGAAAAGCACAGCCAUGGUGGGGUUUGAUCAUGUCAAGAUUCAACUCAUGGAGAAGCUCGUUUAUGGAGAACACAGACGCGAAGUCAUCCCAAUCACAGGGAUGGGAGGAAUUGGUAAGACCACUCUUGCCAAAAAUGUUUAUGCACAUCCAUCUGUUAGUCACCAUUUUGAUAUAUGUGCUUGGGUUACCAUUUCUCAACAAUAUAACACGAAAGAACUUCUUCGUGAAAUUCUAUCCCAAGCCAAUAAACAAGGGUCGAGUCAAAUGAGUGAAGAAGAUGAAAUAGGAGUAGCACUCCACAAAUGUUUAACAUAUAGAAGGUAUCUAGUUGUGUUGGAUGAUAUGUGGAGUAUUGAGGCAUGGGACGUGAUACAACGCUAUUUACCUGACAAUAGUAAUGGUAGUCGAAUAAUGGUGACAACUAGGCUAUCGAAUUUGGGAUCUCAAUUGGAUAACAGUUAUGGCCAUGGAAUGAGAUUUUUGAAUGAGGAAAGUAGUUGGAAUUUGUUUUGCAAAAUUGUGUUUGGUGGGAAAAGUUGCCCAUUGGAAUUGGAGAAAAUUGGGAAGAAAAUUGUGAAGAGUUGCAGAGGACUUCCAUUAUCAAUUGUUGUGAUGGGAGGUCUUUUGGAAAAAAUGGAACAAACAAAAGAAUGUUGGAAAUCUAUUAGGAGAAGCAUGAGUUCAUUAGUGAAUUUGGAGAAUGAUAAGCAUUGCUUAAAAAUACUGAAGUUGAGCUACAACCAUUUGCCAGUUUAUCUUAAGCCAUGCUUUCUAUAUCUGGGAAUGUUUGAGGAGGAUAGUAAAAUUCGAGUAUCAAGAGUCAUCGAGCUAUGGGUUUCUGAAGGGUUUAUAAAGCCAAUACGUGGCAAGAGCUUGGAAACAAUUGCGAAAGAGUACAUGGAUGAACUAGUUGAUAGAAAUCUAAUACUUGUUCAUGAGCUUGGGAAAACUGGAAACAUGAAGCAGUGCAAAAUCCAUGAUUUGUUGAGAGACCUUUGCUUGAAAGAAGCUGAAAAGGAGAGGUUUUAUGAUGUGAUCGGGCAGCAUAGUCCUCAAGGCACUUGUACCCAACGACGUGUAGCUAUUAUGGGAAGUACUUCAAAGGAGAAAGUGGUUGAUGCCAUGAAAUCUAGACCAUAUGCCCGUACAUGUAUAAGUGAUCGUGAAAGAGUUCGACUGUUGCCCAAUUUAAAAUUGGUGAGGACAUUGAGAUUAUGCGGUGAUGGUUACAUCACUGAGUAUUCCCUCAGAAGAGUGUUUGAGUUGGUUAAUUUGAGACUUGUUGCCGUUCAUUUUGACGGGGACUCUAGCCAAGUUCCUUCUUCCAUGAAUCUCCUCUGGAGUCUGCAGACAUUAAUUGUUUCUUCUUCUCAAAAAAUAGUUAAUGCACCUGUUGACAUUUGGAACAUGUCUCAACUGAGGCAUGUUAAGGUCAGGAAUGAAGGAUGGCAUCUCCCAGCUCCUCCUCCUCCUCCUCCGAGUGACAACAUUGUGAUCAUGGAGAAUCUACAGACCUUGAAAGGAGUAAUUAAUUUCAAGUGUGAUGAGAUGAUGCUUCAUAGAAUUCCCAACAUCAAAAAAUUGGGACUUUAUUUUGACAAUGGUAUGAGAAUUGAGUGUCUUGAUAAUUUAAAACAUCUGCAAAAGCUUGAAUCUCUUAGCUGCUCUUGGUUACCAGUAUGUGGUUUGUUGCGAAAGGUCAACUUUCCGCACUCUCUUAAGAGCCUGAGCCUGAGAAUGCCCAUGGGUAGAAUGGAAGACAUCAUGGAGAAGGUAAGUACAUUACCCCUUCUUCAAAAGCUCAAGCUGUAUCGUGGAGUUUUCACAACAAGAAAAUGGGAGACAGUUGAAGGCCAGUUCCCGAGUCUCAAAUAUUUGUCACUAACCGAAACUAAUUUGGAAUGUUGGACGAUGGAAAGCUCUCACUUCCCAUGUCUCGAGCACCUUUUACUUUAUUACUUGAAAGAUUUGAAGGAGUUCCCUGCAGAAGUUGGUGAAAUUCCGACACUGAAAUCUGUGGUGUUGAGUACGUGCAGCAAAUCAGCGGUGAAGAGCGCGAAGAGAAUGAUAGAGGAACAAGAGGAAUUGCAGGGACAAGAACAACUAUCCUUUCAACUUACUGCUUACUAAGACAAGCUGCAGAGCUUGAUAGUAAGAUCCCUUUGAUUGUCAAUAACAAUCAAAGUUUUUUGUUUUUCAUGUUGCUCAUGACAUCCAUAUGAUAGACAAUCUCAUAAUUGCAUCUACACACUAUUACUAAUGUGGUUUUGGGAUUUCAUUUAUUGUUGAUAAGAUUUUUCAAUUA